GCAUCCUUCUUCUCUCUUCGUCUGGGCGGUGGGAAGUGUGAAGGGGCCGUGUGAAGGGGCAGCAGCAGAUGGAAACGGGGAAGAUAGUGAUAGAGAAAGUGAGGGGCAAGUCGACAGUUACCAAAUCAUUCUCCAAAUACCCCCUGAAAUUCAUCAUCCCUCGCAAGGUGGGUCCUUCGCGGGUCGAUGCCGUUUGGAUUUAUGCCCUCACCUAUGGCGGUGGCAUCGUGUCCGGAGAUGAUAUUUCUUGUAAGCUUGAGAUUGGAGCUGGUUGCACAGCUGUCUUAACAACUCAGGCUUCCACUAAGGUUUAUAAGUCUCUGGGAUCAAAAUGCUCUGAACAGUCCCUUGAGGCAGAAAUUGGGAGUAACUCCAUGUUGGUCCUCAUUCCGGAUCCAGUGACUUGCUUUUCCACUGCAAGAUACUUCCAAAAGCAGGUUUUUAGGGUGCGUUCGGAUUCAAACUUGGUGUUAGUUGACUGGAUUACAAGCGGGCGGCAUGAAAGCGGAGAAAAAUGGGAUUUCACGCAUUAUAAGAGCACCAACAACAUUUUCUUAGAGAGUGAUCAGCCUUUAUUUCUCGAUACGGUAUUGCUAGAGCAGGGAAGUAUUGUUCCUCUGGCAGAACGCAUGCAGGAUUAUCAAGUCAUUGCAAUGGUUGUACUUUUAGGACCAAUGUUGAGGCAUAUUCAAGGCCAAGUUCAAGAAGAUGUAAAGAGGAUGAUGGCCAAGCAACUACAGGGUUCUCCUGCUCGAUGGGAUCGCCAGAUGAAAUCCAAUACACGUGAUUUUGCCAAUAAACCAUCCUUAAUAGCGUCUUGCAGUGCCUUUGGCCAAAAGGGAGAAGGGGUUAUUGUUCGAAUAGCUUCCUUGACAACCGAAUCAGUUUAUCAAUUCCUGAAGCAUCAAUUGGCUGGCUUGGAGGCAUUGCUGGGUUUGUCGCCUUAUUCUUGAAGAAUGGUGGGACGGUAGAGGUACCAUGGAUCUGUUCAACGCCAUGGCAAUAUGUUCUUGAAUUAUUAAUAAAAGGGUGACCCGGUCUCUCUAUUUAGGUCUCUGGCAAAAAGGUUGCUGUCUUGUUGACAGAGGUUGUCAUUGUUGUUGUACAUCAAGAAGCAUAUCCCAGUUCAGUUCAAAUUGCGUUGAGAGUUGAAAAUUUGCUGACUUUUCCGAGUUCAAGUUGUGAUACGUUUACCAUCAUCAUCAUCAUCAUCGCUGAACACGGAGGACACUCUCCAAUGCCGCUAGCCCGGAACAAGAAGCACAUCUGGCGCCAGUACCAUUCCUCGAGGUUCUUCUAGACUUGAUUGGAUAUGUGAAACUCAUGUUUUUGGCAAUGAUUGAGCUGUAAGUUUGUGAUUCGGCUUGCAAAUAAGA